UCUGCCUCGUGCGGACGAACAACGCAACGCCCUCCCUCCCCUUCUCCUCGCGCCCGACGCCGCCUGCCAUCUAGUGCGCAGAAAUUCUCGCCUGCACAGUCUACCUCCACGGCUCCACGCCGUGCUCGUCCCGACGCCGCUCCCGUCUCUGGCUCGGCUAGGGUUCGGUCGCCGUCGCCGCCUCUGCUCCGCCGCCUUCCCCUUCGCGUCUCCUUCCUCUCUCUCUCCUGUCUCCUCCCUCGGUCGUUAGGGUUCGGUCACCGCUGCCGCCACCCAGCUCCUUCGCCUCCGUAGUUUCUUAAUUUGGGCGGCAAGAUGAGGCUUCUGCGGGUAGCCACGUGCAACCUGAACCAAUGGGCAAUGGACUUCGACACCAACCUCCGCCACGUCAAGGAGUCCAUCGUGCAGGCCAAGGCCGCCGGCGCCGUAGUCCGCAUCGGCCCCGAGCUCGAGCUCACUGGAUACGGAUGCGAGGACCAUUUCCUUGAGCAGGACACUGCCACGCACGCAUGGGAGUGCCUGAAGGAUAUUUUGUCUGGUGACUAUACAGACAACAUCUUGUGCAGCAUAGGAAUGCCUAUUAUUUUCAAGAGUGUACGAUACAACUGCCAGGUUUUCUGUUUAAAUCGCAAGAUAAUUAUGAUUCGGCCAAAGAUUUCCCUUGCAAAUGAUGGAAACUAUCGUGAAUUUCGAUGGUUUUCUGCCUGGACAUUUAAAGAUGAACUUGUUGACUUUCAACUCCCUAUUGAUAUCUCAGAGGCUAUAUCCCAGGGAACUGUGCCGUUUGGCUAUGGUUAUAUUCAGUUUCUUGAUGUGUCAUUGGCUGCUGAAACCUGUGAAGAGCUCUUUACUGCAGAUGCUCCUCGGAUUGCCCUAGCAUUCAGCGGUGUUGAGGUUUUCAUGAAUGCAAGUGGAAGCCAUCAUCAGUUAAGGAAGCUCAAUCUACGGAUUGAUUCCAUAAGAGAUGCAACCCGUUUGUGUGGUGGUGUAUACAUGUAUGCUAAUCACCAGGGUUGUGAUGGUGGCCGGCUUUAUUAUGAUGGUUGCUGCUGCAUUGCGGUGAAUGGUGAUAUGGUUGCCCAGGGAUCACAAUUUUCAUUGAAAGAUGUUGAAGUGUUGGAUGCUCUGAUAGAUCUGGAUGCUGUAUCGAGUUAUCGAGCAUGCGUUUCUAGUUUUAGGGAGCAAGCAAGUCACGUGACAAAAGUACCUUGUGUUAAGGUACCAUAUAAGCUGUGUCAGACAUUUCAUAAUAGAAUGGUUCCAACUGAUCCAAUUGAGAUUAUGUAUCACUGUCCUGAAGAGGAGAUUGCAUUCGGACCCAGUUGCUGGCUAUGGGAUUAUCUUCGCAGAAGUCGAGCGGCAGGAUUUUUGCUUCCACUUUCUGGUGGUGCAGAUAGCUCAUCCGUUGCAGCAAUUGUUGGCUGCAUGUGCCAGCUUGUCCUAAAAGAUAUAGAGAAAGGGGAUGAGCAAGUUAAGGCAGAUGCUAUGCGGAUUGGCCAGUAUAAAGAUGGAGAGUUCCCCACAGACAGCAGAGAACUUGCAAAACGUUUAUUUUACACUGUUUACAUGGGAACUGAAAACAGUUCUGAAGAUACCAGAUCACGUGCCAAAAGGCUAGCUGAAGAGAUUGGUUCAUUCCACUUUGAUGUACCUAUUGAUAGCGUAGUGUCUGCAUUUCUUUCUUUGUUUGAAAGAUUUACUGGGAAGCGACCACGCUACAAGGUUGACGGGGGAUCACAUACUGAGAAUCUGGGAUUGCAAAAUAUUCAAGCUCGAAUCAGGAUGGUACUAGCCUUUAUGAUGGCUUCUCUAAUGCCAUGGGUUCAUAACAAGUCUGGGUUCUAUCUUGUUCUGGGAAGCUCAAAUGUGGAUGAAGGGUUGCGUGGUUACUUGACGAAGUAUGACUGCAGCUCAGCUGAUAUAAACCCCAUUGGAAGUGUAAGUAAGCAAGACCUCAGGGCUUUCUUACGAUGGGCAGCAGUUCAUCUUCAAUAUUCUUCCUUGGCUGAGGUUGAAGCUGCACCUCCUACUGCAGAACUUGAGCCAAUCCGUACAGACUAUAACCAGUUGGAUGAAGUGGACAUGGGGAUGACAUACGAGGAGUUGUCAAUAUACGGGAGAUUAAGGAAAAUAUUCCGGUGCGGUCCUGUUUCAAUGUUUCAGAACCUCUGCCACAGGUGGUGUGGGAGAUUAUCCCCCUCAGAAGUGGCUGACAAAGUGAAGCACUUCUUUAAGUACUAUGCCAUAAACCGUCAUAAGAUGACAGUCUUGACACCAUCAUAUCAUGCAGAGAGCUAUUCUCCGGAGGAUAACAGGUUCGAUCUUCGGCAAUUUUUAUACAACUCCGCAUGGCCAUACCAAUUUCGGAAGAUAGAUGAACUUGUUCAAGAUAUCGACAAAGAUGGUAAAUGGGAAGAUCCUUCAGACGCCCAGUUAAGAGGACACAGAGGUGUUAGGUCUGCUCAGGGAAGCGGAAUGGGAGUUGUGGCCGCCGGUUCUGCCAAUCCCAGCGCUGGAUUCUAACAAACAAACAAACAAACAAAGAUACCAAACAUAUGAAGCAGGCUACUGCACGUAAGGUUCGAUUUAUCAUUGUUUGGGUGAAGCUUAAUUGUGUAUAUUUUGGCCAGUAUGUACUCUUGCAAUUUGUAGACAGUACAUGGCCUGAAAUACUUGAAUAAUUGUCAAGGGGGAAAACAAGAGUUUCUCAAGGCAAAGUUGUAAAGAAAAAAUCAUUCGCCCUGCAUCCUUUGGGUCUGA